GUGUGGGAGGGCCGCUGGCGCGUGAUCCCGCACGACGUGCUGCCCGACUGGCUGAAGGACAAUGACUUCCUGCUGCACGGGCACCGGCCGCCCAUGCCCUCCUUCCGCGCCUGCUUCCGCAGCAUCUUCCGCAUCCACACGGAGACCGGCAACAUCUGGACCCACCUCCUGGGUGAGGGCCGCGGCCGCGGGAGUCGGGGCAGCCGUGUGGGAUGCGUCCCGCGUGCGGAGGAGCCGUGCCGGGGCCUGAGUGGCAUCAUCCCCACCCUGCACUAUGUCAUCUCGGAGGGCUUCCUGAAGGCGGCCACCAUCGGGCAGAUCGGCUGGCUCAUGCUCAUGGCCAGUCUGUACAUCACAGGGGCUGCGCUCUACGCCGCGCGCAUCCCCGAGCGCUUCUUUCCUGGCAAAUGUGAUAUCUGGUUCCACUCCCAUCAGCUCUUCCACAUCUUCGUGGUGGCCGGCGCCUUCGUCCACUUCCACGGCGUCUCGAACCUGCAGGAGUUCCGGUUCAUGGUCGGCGGGGGCUGCUCGGAGGAGGAUGCGCUGUGAAGCGCCUGCCGCGGCCGCCCAGCCCCGCGGGCCUUGGGCGCGGCCCGGGGACCCAGCCUGGCACAGGCCGAGGAGAGAAAAGCAAAAAUAAACCAUACCUCACGGAAGGGCGUCGUUG